UGCCGGCGAAGUUCUGGUUCAGAAAUUUCGAGUUGAACGCAGAUGCAUACGGGCUUAACGAAAAGCAAAAGUAUGUCCAGGCACGUGCAAAAAUGACGAACACUGCCCAGCUGUUUUUGGAGUCAACACAUGUGUUUGAAUAUGCUGAACUCAAGAAGCUUUUAGAGGAAGAAUUUAAGUGCGACUAUAAGUGUAGUGCAGAUAUUCAUACCGAGCUGCGUGAGUGUCGCAAAUCCAAACAGGAGUCAUUUCACGAAUACAUGCUUCAAAUGAAGAAGAUUGCUGCAAUUGGAGACAUUGACACGCAAUCAGUAAUACGAUAUGUUGUUGAUGGGCUGCAAAUGAAGAGCGACUUUAAGUAUACUCUGUACAGUUGCAAAUCGUUUAGAGAGCUGCAGGAGCAGUAUGAAGUCCGAACCGAAAAGUAUAUCCAGACAGUGCCGAAAAGAAGAAUCAUUGCUUCAACUGUGGAUCCACCGAUCAUUUACGAAAGAAUUGCCAAGCCGCUACAAAGUGUUUCCGCUGUAACCAGAGUGGACAUAUGUCCAGAAAUUGUCCAGCAGUAGCAGCGCCAGCCGUGCAUGUCGUGCGUGAUGAAAAGCGUUUUAAAGUGGUACAGGUGAACAACAUCAAAGUGAACUGCCUAGUCGACACAGGAGCUGAUGUCUCAAUUAUGAAGAAGCGUGUUUACAACCAGAUUAACAAUGUUCAGUUGCGUAGUUGCUUUUCAAACCUGCGUGGCUUGGGCAACAAUAUUAC